UGGGAUGCAAACUUUCACAGUGCAGUGUUCCAUUACUCCUAUUGUUCUUCAUUCUUGUAUGUGUUCAGAAGUUAUUUCAAGUCAGUGCAAUAAUAUAUUUGAGUGUUUAGCAGUACUUUAUUUUAGCUUUCCCCUGCUACUCUAAAAAUAGUUGGAAGUAUCUGUUUCACUCUCGCCUGUGUGUCACUCUCUGAACCACUGACGAAAUGAAGCCUCGGUUUCUUUCCGCGCUGAAGCGCAAUGACGCACCGGAGGUAGAUGAGAUCCUCCGCACCGGGAACAUAGAUAUAGACACCGUGUUCGACGUCGAGGACCGAAGAAGAGUCCUGGCGUCUUAUAAACAAGGUUACUGGCUACCAGACUAUAAGCUGGAGUCCUCCUGGGCGAUGGCUAUUCACAUAUGCAUGAUGCACAAUGCGGUGGAGAGUGCCUCAGUGCUCCUACAGAGGGGAGCAGCAGUGAACAGGAAGCCCAAUGGGAAAACACCACUGCAUGUGGCCUGUGAACUGUCUCAUGCUGACUGUGUGGGUCUGCUGCUGGACUGGGGGGGAAAAGUCAACAGCAUGUCCCUGAGUGGACACAGCCCACUGCAUUACUGCAUCACAAAGGAAUCAGUGGACUGUGCCAGACAGCUGAUACUCAAAGGAGCAGAUGUGAACAAGUCAAGCCAUAACAAUGAUGAAGACACUCCUUUACACACAGCAGCACGUCUUGGUGUCUCUGAGCUUGUUGGCCUUUAUGCUGUGCAUGGUGCUGAUGUGAAUGCGCUUAACGCCCGUAUGGAGACCCCUUUGAUCACAGCUGCAUUCUGGGCAAUGGAUGCCAAUGAGCAGACUUACAGCGAGAAGCACCAUCUUGUGUGCCGGAUGCUGCUGGACUAUGGAGCCAAACCAAACCUCCAAGAGCAAAACAAAAAAACAGCACUGCACAAAGCCGCAUGGAACUGUGACCAAGCGCUGAUGCAGAUUCUGCUUGAUGCUGGUGCCAAUCCCACGAUCAUGGACAUGAACGGCUGGGCAGCCCUUCAUUUUGUGCUAAAUUCAAUGCAGAUGAGGCCUUACUGUGUACCUUAUCGCUGUUUCCAGCUCCUGCUUAACUACGGAGCAACCAGAGUUCACCCAAAACAGUUCCACAAGGUGCUGCAGAUUUGUCAUGAUGACACCAGGACAGUUGAAGUGAUGGCAAAUUCCUAUGAGCAUCUUAUGAGUACCACAAAAUGGAGGGAAUCUAUUCCUGACGAAACAUACAAGCGUCAUGGGAAGUUUUAUGACUCGUUGUUUGCUGCCUGCACGUGUCCACGUUCUCUGCAACACCUGGCCAGAUGUGCCAUCCGCACGACGAUGUGCUGCUGCUGUGAAUCGGGCAUUAAACAACUCCCAGUGCCUCCACCAAUCAAACGAUACAUACUGCUAGAACCUGUGGGAAUCAUAUGCUAGUAUCUGUAUUGGCCUAAUGGUGAAUUCACACUGUGCUAAUCUCAAACGUCAUCCACAUUAAUAAGGUCCCUCAGGAAAGUUCUGUAGCUUUGGUCAUACAGUAUCUACAAUAUUUUCAUUGUUAUUACAUACUGCCAAUCAAAGGUUUCACCAACACGUAAUAUUAACAUUUAGAGUUAAAUGACAAAUUACAGGGUCAAGUGAAAUAUUGUAGAAAUAUAAAGUCUAAGCAGGAAAUGGGUAUUAAUGAGGAGAUUAGUGUUUAUCUGAGAAACACUUGUUAUUAUAGGAAAAGACUACAUUUCUCUGGAUCAACAUAAUUAAGCACAUGACCCUGUGUAUUGAAUAUAUUAACCCUAUAUUCUUACUGAUAAGAAGCUGAUAUUAACUGUCAGACAAAUCCAGGUUCAUACUAACAGUCGCCUUUAAUAGAGCUCAAUUAGGAUCCCAAUAGAAUCUGAAAAUGGCCUGAAGACCUUACACACAGAAUUUCAUGGAUUGCUUAUUUACUUUUUUCCUUAUUUGAUUCCCAGUAGUGUGUAAACUGUGAUAAAACUUUAACACUUCCAAAUGUUCAAAGAUUUUUAUCUGGCUGUGUAUUUCUUUGCAGACAACAACUCUGUUCUCUGAUAUUGAAAUGUUCACAUAUUUUUUGUCAAGACACUGUAAACACUUAUUAGAAUCACUUUUAAAAAGACCAAGAACAUCAGUCAUAAACAUCCCAUUGUCUUAGCAAACUUAUCCCCGAAAUGAUAAAAUCACAAUCUGAUUUUAAACAAAAAAGCUAUGAUCCAUAAGAUUACAGUAUAGAUUUCAGUUGAUGCUAGUAAAGCUUUGUAGUUGGCAGCUGAAUAACAAGUAUUUAAGCUACUAAUCCUUCUGAUCUCUCUC